UUUUGUUCUCUAUCUCAGUUCAUUGUACCAAAGGCAGAUUUAAAUCUUGGUCUCUGCACACGUCGCGAAUCCGGAGGGAGAAGCCUGUCGAGAUAGUUUAUGUUGUAGAGAGCAGGCAGACUAUUAAGGCCAUGAAAUGACAGUGGACACUGAGUGAGCGGGCCAUAGCCUUAUUACUUGAAUGCAUAUUCCUAUCAGUCUAAUAUUUGACUUUCCUCUUAUAGCCGUUUCAUUCAUUGAACUUAGGCUAAUGGCUUCAGACACUUGUUUGCAUAGGAGGGAUUUCUUUGCAUUUUAUAUUUACAUCCUCGUGGGAAGACAAUAAAAAGCACACAGUCUAAAUAAAUUGGAAUAAAAAACUAAAAGGCUGCUUUGAAACCAAACAAACACUGGAAGACGCACUUCUGCCCCCACUGUACCAUCCCACCACAUAUGAAGAAGUGUUUGCUUAUGACGGGGACGCAUAGAGUACAUACUGAUUUCUUCCAGCACCUUUGGAUGGUGCUGUGAGUUUCUGGCCGGAGACAGCCCGAUGCUGCGCAGCCAGGGCAUGCUGAAGAGCCGCUGUUGCGUCCUGCUUGGUGACCUGAGGGUGCUCCUGCUCGGGCCACCGGCGCCGCCGACACCGCUUCCUCCGCUGACCCCCAUGAGCGGCCAAGCUUCGGAAAGCCAUGAGACAGGCGUUACCGUCCCUGAGAACAACAACACGUUAACGCGGAGCCACCAGCAUCCAGGGGAUCGAACUGCCCAGCCUGCUACGGGAGCCACCGGGCCACCGGGUGCAGAGCGGCAGGUGGCGGGUUGGGUUGAUGCUGCAGAGCUGUCGGCGGCCCUGCGAGGCUGCAGCAGCUCCUCCGAUGACUGCUCAAAGGGCAAACUGGAGGAGAGGUUCUCUCUCACGAGCUACACGGAAAGUGGCUUUAGGACGCCCGUGUGCAGGAUCUGCUUCCAGGGACCAGAACAUGGGGAGCUCCUGAGCCCGUGUCGGUGCAGUGGGUCAGUACGCUGCACCCACCAGCCCUGCCUCAUCAAAUGGAUUAGUGAGAGAGGCUCCUGGGCCUGUGAACUCUGCUACUACAAAUAUCAGGUCAUUGCCAUCAGCACCAAGAACCCCCUACAGUGGCAAGCUAUCUCCCUGACAGUGAUAGAGAAGGUCCAGAUAGCAGCAGCUAUCUUGGGCUCCCUCUUCCUAAUGGCCAGUAUCUCUUGGCUGGUGUGGUCAUCUUUUAGCCCGUCAGCCCGUUGGCAGCGUCAAGAUCUGCUUUUCCAGAUCUGCUACGGCAUGUACGGCUUCAUGGAUGUCGUCUGCAUCGCACUAAUUGUCCACGAGGGACCUUCUGUGUUUCGCAUCUUCCAUCGCUGGCAGGCCGUGAACCAGCAGUGGAAGGUUCUGAACUAUGAUAAAUCUAUGGACAGCGAUGACUUGAAAGAUGCCACAGUAGACAGGACUCUGUCUCAGCCCACCCAGGGCUACCAGACUGGGAUAGGAGUAUCCACCUCCACCUCCUCGCUGAUGGUGGUGGCCUCCACAGCCGCCGGCUCCACCUCUACAACUGUGGUGACGGCCGCUGGAGGAGUGGGAACACAUGUGGACCCCAACAGCGGCAGCGCAGUGCCAGACCAACACUGUCCGUACAACAUCCUCCACCUGCUCAGCCACCUGAGGCAGCCGGAGGCCCGCAGCCAACCCAGCAAUAGCACAAGAGAGCUGGUCAUGAGAGUCACUACAGUCUGAAGAGUCAGUUGAGGCCUUAUCUCACAUGAAGGGGAGAGAUUUUUGAACCAGCUGACAGCUGAAGAAAAGAUCCUGUCUUAACUGCACUGGAUUAAUAUCAACAUGAUCUUGU